UGGAUGUUUUCAAAUUCUUCGUCAAAGGAGAAUUGAUCACCCCGAUGAAUGGACAGUUUUUCCAAUGGUGCAGCUUUACCUGGCAUUCUAUUAUAUAAUUAAUAUAGAAUUAUAUAAUAUAGGGUCAUCGGUCGAUAGGUCUGUCUACUCCCAAGCUUGAUUUUGCUAGUUGGUACUAGAAUUGCUAAUGGGACGGUUAAAGACUGAAAUUCGAGAUCGGUUCCUCUUUUGGGGAGUUCACUCUCAACCAAGCGCGUUAAAGGAAGACCUAUGAUGUGUUAAGAAGUUCUCUAGUCAGCAAUCACACAUGGGAGUCUUUCCAAAGAUUCUCUCGGAAAGGGGUUCUGGUAAAGCUUUUCUUGUACCUGCGUUAGGAGCACCACGUAGAAGGUUUAUUUUGGGACAGCUAUCGAAAAAGAUUCUUUAGGGCAAAGCAAAGGCAUUCGUGUGAUAGUCUUAUUUAUUCCUAUUAUGUGAUUAUGUGCGGCUAUUACGGAAUAUCCGAGACUUGGCAAUAUAAAGACUUCCGCCAAGCAAGCCAUGUCAUUCAUCAGAGAAGUAGACCGAGCCAUCCUAAAGAGACUUUCUUCUGUUCUAGGUUUCCACAAAGCGGUAUCAGGGUAUGAGAACGCCUUUCUCCUUUUAGCUUUAGUCGGUCGAGUAGCUUAUUCGAACGUUGUGAACUCAUUCCUGCCUUUGCAAUACCAGCGCAUCUUGUGCCACAGAAUUGGUUGUGCUCUGCCUCUUCCCCUCUAUCAGAAGAUUGCCUUGUGUGGAAGGUUGACUCUGAACUUCAGUCAAUGGGAGGAAUCCCCUUCUCUAAGGUUCUUUGUAUGGCACUCUAAACUCUCUUUCUUACGUGAGACAGAAAGUGUAACUACCGAAGCUCUUUCAACUUGUCCUGUCUUUGGAUAAGUAUUGCGGUUAAGUCAGUUAACAAGAUGAGAGUCGGAAAAUGGAAAUAAGAACUGUCAAGUGAUUCGUCGAAUGCUUCUACUUAUGUAGAUGGAGUCCAGUACGCUACUAUAUAUACUGAUAAUUCCCAAGACAAUAUCGGGAUUGGGCACAGUAUGAAAGAUCUUUGAAAUCCUUGAUAGUCUGGAAAGGGAACGCGAAUCUAGCCACCACUUUCUCUAUUUAAAGAAAAAGAAAACUUCCCCAGACUGAGAGAUUGCUAAUCCUUUUUCUUCGCCUGGUGAAAUUAAACAAAACUGAAAACUGGAAUAAUCAGAGGCGCAUCUUUGCGAUAUGUAAUUACAUAAAGCAGAGGUUGCUCUUUCCUGUCCACAAAUGGUCAAUGGAGGUUCUUUCUCGUCUCCGGACGGAUGGAACUUUCAACCAAGAGUUUCCAUUGUCACUUUUGAGAGAAGGAAAGAAGAAUGAGUGUUAUUCCUUUGAUCUUAAGUCGGCAACGGAUCGUUGGCCAUUGAGUGUCAUGUUUGCCCUUAUGUCUUGUAUGUUUGGGCCAACAUUGGCGUCUUCAAUUGUCAACAGCUCUUUGGGCCUCAACACCUUUCUAGUCGGGAAACCGAUUGUGAAAAGGAUGAGUGAGGUUGCCUUUCUUUGUGGUCAGCCGUUAGGUUACUACUCCUCAUGGUCACUCUUUGCAUUGUCCCACCACUAUGUAGUGUGGUUGGCAGCAAAACGAGCUUACCCGCAGAGAACCACCCCUUUUAAGGACUAUGCCUUGCUAGGUGAUGAUAUCCUAAUCACUGAUGCACUUGUGGCACAACAGUAUAGGAUACUACUGGAUAAACUCGGUGUGACCAUUUCGGAGGCCAAAUCGAUAAUAUCUGAAACUGGUUGCGUCGAGUUUGCCAAGAGAUUCUGGGUCAAGUCAAUGCAAAUUGACCUGUCUCCAGUCUCUCUUCGGCUGUUGUUAUCUUGUAGGAUGACUAUUGGUCUCUGUUCUAUCCGUAAUAAAUACCUUGUAAGUGUUUCUACAUUACAGAGGUUGGGUGGAGCGGGAUUUAGAGUCCGUUCGCUUUCUCGACUCAAUCUAAACGUUGGGAAAGAUUAAAGGCUGCCUGUUGCAAGCCAAACCGGUCACAUCCUCUACCUCUUGAAUGGUGGAUUGGAAGGUUUGGAAACCUCAAUCCCGGAAAGAUAGUGGAUUAUCUUCGGAGGGAAUUAAAACCCAAAGAGAUAGAUCUCUUCCUAGAAGAGAUGGUGUUUGAUAAGGAACGUGAUAUUCUUGAGCA